UCACCCACUACAAACGUUCCGAAGCAAUUGAAGGCACCUGUGCAAAGGACAGCAAUGUGAUACUGAGUCGACUCAGUGUUUCACUCUGGAGUUCUCUUUUCUAUUGUUUUGUUUUUGUUUUUUUGAGGUAAUAUUUCGAGUUUAUACUUAAUUUGGGUUUUUUUUUCCUUCCCAGUGUAUGAUUUAUUUCGUUAUUUAUGUAACUGAACACGCAGGAAGGAAUGUGUCAUGACAGCUGGCGCCACCUUCUAGAUCCGCACUACCAGGAGACGGUUCAGGAUACUGGAGAACAAUGAGGUUUUUCCAGCUUCGGUUGACGGUGUGGUUGUAUACCAUUGUGGGCCUGCACAUGUCUGUGAGUAUAAGUGUGACGUUUCCAAACAAGGAGCCUUUAAACAUAGCACUGGGCAGGACUCUGGUUCUGGAAGCUCAGUAUCAACUCCAGCAAGGGGAUAAGAUUAUAUUAAGAACAUGGGAACGUAAGAACAGCGACGGGGAAGUCAGAGUGGCAGAUGGCGACGAAACACAUAACGACAGGACAUUUGUGGAGAAGAACGGAGCUCUGUUACGGAUAAACGGAGUCACAGACAGCGAUUACGGACUCUAUAAAUUUACAGUCACAGUUGCCAGCGGAGACCAAGUGUCGGAUUCUCGUAACGUGCUAAAAAUAACAAAUCCUCCAAAAGCUUCUCUUUCCAUGAAAUGUAGCACCCCGAGUGUGGGGGCACAGUGGGACAGUCCUGUGUUUUCAUGGCAAGUCGAUGGAGUCAGCAUCACCAAUCAGACUGGUGAGAUAUCCGCAGAUGGCAGCACGCUCCUCUUGAGAAAUCUGGGCCAAAACUACACCUGCGUUACGGACAGCAGCCAGGGGAUGAGCAAAGUCCAAGUGAGCAGUAAAGCGCCCGACCAACAGCCAGAUCCAGAACCGGACGCGAGUCUAAACGGAUGUUAUGGUGUUGUAUGGGUUGUGUUUGCAGUCCUUGAAUUCAUCAUCAUCAUCAUCGCUGUUUUGAUUGGGUUGUACUGCUAUAAGAAGCAUACUUCUAAGGAAGAUGGCGGCUAUAGGAACGCUCCAGGGACCUCGCUGUCACUAUAGAGCAAUCCUUAAGUAGUGUACUGCUUAAGGCAACUGAGCACUUCUAUUAACUUAAAUGUAUUCCCUAUGCUAUUUAAUUUAGAAACAGAUUAUUUAUAUCGGUGAACAUUCAUCAAUACUCAAGAAGGCUACACAAUACAUGAAGAAACUUUUGAACAGGAUGAUUGGUGUAAAUGAUUUUUUUUAACGCUCUUUUCUGUUCAGAUGCUAUAUGUUGAAAUGAUCAGGAAGGAUUAAGACAUUUCGAAGUUUGCUGUAAAAAUAGUCUGUCCAUAUUGGUGAUUGUGCUUCGAGUACAGUAUUGAGGUGACAAAGAACACGGUACAGCAGUUUCCCAGUACUAAAGGGAGGGUGUGUUUUUAGCGUGUGAGGAAAUGAGUCUGCACUUGAUAAAGAGGGUGGUGGCACAUAGACAUCGGGGGACUUGAAUCGGAAACACAGCUUGUGACUGUUAAGGAAAAAGGAAGGCUCUGAAUAACCAGUCCUAUUGUUUUCUACAGCACACUGGUUUUUAACACUGUUCAUUUUUUAAAAUUAUUAUUUAUUUUUGCUUCAAUUUUACACAUUCCUUAAAAUUAAAAAGUCUGGAUAGAAUAGAUUUUUUUUUUUUUUUUUAAAUGAAUAAAUCUUUGACUUUUUAUUGUUUUGGGGACCCUGAGGUAUUGAGCACUGUAAUUCCACACUUGUAGCACUUAAACGUAUAUUCUGUUAACACUAACACUGUUUAUCCUGUAACUCCUCUAAGUGCAUCUUCCUUUACUGGCAUAAUUUAUUUAGUCCCGUUAUUAUCCGAGAGCAGCCAGGAAAUAUAAUGAAUCAUUCACAAAUAUAGGUCUUCUGUUAGUAGAUGCUGUGAAAUAUUAAAAUGCUCUGAUACUAAAUUAAAACGUGGUAUAAAAUGACCUUUGCACAGCGA